GCCUGAAGGAUUGCUCACUCCAUCCGAGAAGGCGAUAUCGAUGUUACGGUGAAGACAUGAUUACGCUGGAAUCCACCAGGAUCACGACAUUCGUUACUCGUAUUGGCUAACGAGAACUUCACGAUUGGAGUCGACAUGCGUUAAAAUUGGAAGAGGUCACUCAACAUUUCGGGCGAGCUAUGAGUCGGUAGGGUUGCCAGUUUGGUUCUAUCAACACCUCUUGCCAGACCUUAGUUUCUCUAACAUUAUCUCUCACUGUCGCUGCAUGCCUUACACCUCCGACCUCAUCCUCGCACAAGCAGCGUCGGUGGACAAUAAUUGACAGCACGCUACCUGCCGGGCGUUUAGAUAUGGUUGUAGUUUACUUCUCUGGGCUGAUAUAUGGUGCUACGACCGAUCCUUGUGCGGCCAUCAUGUACUGUGUCGAACACACCGGCAACGUGUUCGACACGCCGUUGACUUCCAUCCACCAUCAUUCAACUCGCAGGACUUCCAUGUACAAGUCGUCUCAAACCUACUCUAUCUCUGGCAAUCAACAUAUACUAAACGGAGCCCGCAAUACUACAAUAGGGCAGGCGGCGUUCAACUGUGCUGGUCGUGACCAAGUUUAUCAUAACUACUAUGAUGCUAAUCCUCUUUGGGACGCGAUAGCAGAUGUCGGAGCAUCCCAUAACUCGGAACAACAGGUCGAACGCGGCCGUUGUCUCCCCGGAACCCGUGAGGCAGUCCUCCGACUUAUUCAUAAAUGGAGAGCAUCGGAAGACCAGGGUUUACCAGUGUGUUGGCUUUCUGGCACUGCGGGUGUAGGAAAGUCGGCUAUUGCAUUGACCGUCGCUGAAGAAUGCGAGAAGGACGGAUUGGUGGCUUCGUUCUUCUUUUUCAGAUCGGAUCCAAGGCGUAACAACCCUUCGUCCCUCAUUCUAUCCAUUACACAUGGCCUCGUAGUGACAAGGCCGCAUUUAAAGACACUUGUCAACCGGAGAAUCGUUGCUGACCCCCGGAUCCUCAAGGCUAGGUUGGAAGAUCAAUACAAGGAACUAAUUCUAGGAAACCUGAAUCAUCCUCCCUCUUUGUCUGAUCAAAAGCUCCCCGAUCUGGUCAUCGUCGAUGGCCUCGAUGAAUGUGGUGACGGUGCUAUGCAGCGCCGUGUCCUCUCCAUCAUAUUUUCCACAUAUCAACAGCCAUCCCAGUAUCCUUUACGAUUCCUGAUAUGCAGCCGCCCUGAAUCCUGGAUCAAACUGGCAUUUCGGGGGUUCAGCGAGGCCCAGUUCACCAAACAUAUCAAACUGGAUGAUUCGUUUCGCCCCCAAUACGACAUCGAACUUUACCUCGAUCAGCAAUUCCUGGAGAUCCGCAGAGACCCCAGAUAUUCACAAGUUGAAUUCGCAGACCCGUGGCCGGCUUCUCGCGAUGUUCGGUUGCUGGUUGAGAAAGCCGAUGGCCAAUUCAUUUAUCCGUCGACUGUGAUAAAGUUCGUCAAGGCGGAUCCUCCGAUUCCUCGAAAGAGUCACCCCUCAAUGAUCUUGAUGAACUCUAUCUCAUGGUAUUGCGUACCAACCCUGACUGCAAUAAACGUCUACUCCCCAUUCUCGCAGGGAUCAUCGUAUUUCCAGAACCAUCUCCAGGAUUCAUUGAAAUUGUACUUGGACUCUCUCCUGGUACAGUUGCUCAGACAUUACGUGCGAUGCACUCGGUGCUUGAUGUCCGCGAUCGGGAACAUGACAUUAGGAUUUACCAUAAAUCCUUUACUGAUUUGCUCCUCGAUCGGGCACGGUCAAAGGAGUUUUGUAUAGAUCUGUCCAACUGGAAGGACUUGCUGGCUUGUUGGUGGACUAGAGCUCUAACUGAACAGUGCAGAAAGUCCCCUGAGCUGCUAAGUAGCAAUGACCGCUCCGCUUACUCAUAUUCUUUAAGGAAGUUGGUACGGUGCUGGGAGAAAGGUUGCCUUCCUCCAGCAGGUGGUCAUAUGAGUAGUGUGCUGAUGUCCGAGGUGGAUACUUUCUACUGCCUGGCUUCGUCCCUUUCUGGAAAGUUGGGUCGCAACGGCAAAAUGCUCCACCAUAUAGUGGCAAUUCUAGCGCCGAGAUUCAAACCCCCGGACAGCGCCC